AUAAUGGAGACUAGGAGCUCGAACAGUUGUGGAUGGGACUUCAAUGGCAAUCCAGCGAGGAAAAAGGCAAUUGGAGGAGAGAAGCAAGAAGGAGCUCGUGGCUUUGGCCUCAUAGGCAGCGCCUAUAGGGCUAGUGGCGAUGCCAAUGGCAUUGGCAUAGUAGGCAGUGCCCAUGGCGCUGGGCUCACAAUAAGAGGCGACAGGGCUUUGAUGCAAAGAGAAGGGGGAGACGGGGCUGGUCCUGGCAAACUGCUAGGCGAGAGAGAGGCCAUGGGCAGCACCACGGACGGUGCCAGCUGUGUCGUGGGUGACACCCGAGGGGGCUGUCAUGGUGCAGAUGGCGCCCUGGGUCGAUUGGCGCCUUUGGCCGUUCUGGCAUUGGGUCUAUGGGAUCACAAUGCCCCUUUGGCCGUUUGGGGCUGA